AUGCACCCCAACUCCAUGAAGAAAGAAGCUCCUUCACUAGGGACCCUCCCACCUUACCCUUGGGAUACUGGCUUUAACAGUGAGUUGGAGAGUGUGGGUCUCAUCCACACUGUGCACAAGAAGUGCAUCUUCCAAGCCCUACAUUCCCUUUCCUCUUUCCUAGGGCUCGGAACCCUCCCCUGCUGCACGCAGACCGCGCUGGCACACCUGGCAGAGGAACAGCUGGCAAAAGCCUCUGAGCCUGGGACUAAUCACUGCCUUUGAUUUCAGCGGGAGCCCCAGCACAGAACAGAAAAGAUGAUGCUGGAUCUUCUGGGACUCUUUCCUCUCCUCCUGUUGCUACUGGGAUCAUGGGGGUCAGUGCAUCCCCUUGGUGCUUGGGCUCAACCUCGCACCAGAGCUCAAUGGUUUGAAAUUCAGCAUAUAAGUGCGGGUCCUGUCCAAUGCAACAAUGCAAUGCGUGCUGUCAAUGUUUAUAAUCAGCGCUGUAAGCCUCAGAACACCUUUCUGCAUGACACCUACCGCAACGUGGCUGGUACCUGUCUUUUGCCCAACAGGAUCUGCAGGAAUGGCCAGAAUAACUGUCACCAGAGUGCUAAUCCUAUUAUAAUGACUUACUGCUAUCACACUGGAGGGUCAUAUCCCAACUGCCGCUACAGUACUACUCUCCAGAACCAGCUCUACACUGUUGCCUGUAACCCCCCUCAGCCAGGCGACCCUCCCUAUCCUCUGGUUCCUGUACACUUAGAUUAAGACUAAGGUUUCCAUUACUUUCUCUCUCACUUGUUGUAGGUUCUCUUAUGAUCUCUUCUGCUUUUUUUUCCCUUUGUUAUUUUCUGUGGUUUCUGUAGAAGAAAGAAGGAGGGGAGUGGGAGAAUUAGAGGGAGAAGAUGCCAAACCAGAGUUGGGGACAAAAGCAAACAGGAUUCUUUUUUGCUUUGGAGCUUUGUGUUUUGAUGGAAGACAACAGGGAAAAGGGAAAAGAAAGACCCAGGCCCCCUAUUUUUAAUCUUGAACUUCUGCCCAGCUUUGUUGCAUUGUGUUCAUAGCAAUAAAAUCACUUUCUGUUCCAUUGUAA